CCUGUUUGGUCUAGUGGUUAAAGCACCUGGCUAGAGGCGGUGAGAUCUAGUUCUGCCUGAGGCAUGAAAGUCAAUAGGAUGACUUUGAGCCGGUCACUAGGCGAUGGUGAGUUCUAGUUCUGCCUAAGUCAUGAAAGGUGACUGGGUGACUUUGGGUCUAUCGCCAGGAGUCGGUGAGUUCUAGUUCUGCCUAAGUCAUGAAAGGUGACUGGGUGGCAAUGGCACAUUGGAGAGAUUUUUUUUUUCACUCUUCAGCUGAUGUGUGGAGGCAUGCAGGCUGGAGAAUUCUAGGAGUUGAACUCCAGGCCUCUCCAAAGAUGCCAAGAUUGACAAACGUUGCUCUAGAAAGACCAAAUGAAAAAAAAGAAAAAAGUGAUUUUACAAAGGGUGGAUAGAAAAAAAGAGUGUCCUGAUUAAGAGGAAAGAUUCGACAUCUUGGAAGGAGCCAAAAAGACAGAUGGUGCUGAAACGUGGACUUUUGCAGAACAUCUGGGAGAAAGAUCUGCAGAUGUUGUAGAAAUUACAUUCUCAGGAAUGGGAUUCCAGAAGUCAUUGGCGCUCCUUCUCUGGGGGUUAUUUAAGAAAAGACUGGACAGCCAUGUGUCUGAAAUGGUAGAGGGUUGAGCAGGGGGUUGGACUAGAAGACCACCUAGGUCCCUUCCAAUUCUGUUAUUCUGAACUUCCAUCCAAUCUUCUGCCCAGGUUAUGGUUCUUCUAAAGAAUCCAUUCCUGUGUUCCUUUAAGUUUAAGGCCUCAUUCAUCUUCUCCAUUCUCUCCUGGACACCUGGACCAGCUCACAUGGCCUGCUAAGAAAGAUCUGCAGAUGUUGUAGAAAUCAAAUUCUCAGGGAUGGGACUUCCAUCCAAUCUUCUGCCCAGGUUAUGGUUCUUCCAAAGCAUCCAUUCCCAUGUUCCUUUAACAUCUUCUCCAUUCUCUCCUGGACACCUGGACCAGCUCACAUGGCCUGCUAAGAAAGAUCUGCAGAUGUUGUAGAAAUCAAAUUGUCAGGGACAGGACUUCCAUCCAAUCUUCUGCCCAGGUUAUGGUUCUUCCAAAGCAUCCAUUCCCGUGUUCCUUUAAGGCCUCGUUCAUCUUCUCCAUUCUCUCCUGGGCAUCUGGACCUGCUCACAUGGCCUACUAAGGUCCCGCCACGCUGGAGUCUCUAUGGGAGGCGAUCAACCUAAUUGCAAUGGACGUUCGGAAAAGUGGAUUAAUGACUCACUGCCAGCAUGGUGGACAUCUUGGCUAAAGUUGCCUUGACCAUGUGGCCCCCUCCCCAUCCUGGAUUAGUGGGUAAAAUAUAGACCGUGACAGUUGACAUCACCGCCUCCCUUCCUUAAGGCAUUGGCAUGGUACCCAAUUCUUCACAUCCAAUUUUUUUAUUCCCUGGUUUCUUUCCUCUAUACCCCUUUCUCUCCUCGUCCCCACCAAGGUUUCCGCCUUGCAACGCUCAGAAGCUCUCGGUUGUCCCUAGUCUGGGCACCUACGUAUCGGAGCAGCCACCGAGAGAAGCUGCCCUUGGAUGCUGAGUGGCCAGGAUAAGUCCAAAAGCCAUCUUCUCACUGAAGACCAGAAGGAGCGUCCCCUUGACUCCAAAGCCACAGAGAAGACUUGGGGACACCAUUUUUCUGAGCAUGAUGUCCUACAUCAAGCAACCACAUUAUGCAGUCAAUGGGUUAACUUUGGCUGGACCCGGGAUGGAUUUACUGCAUUCAGCAGUGGGAUACCCCACAACUCCACGGAAGCAGAGACGCGAGCGCACAACCUUCACACGGGCCCAGCUAGAUAUUUUGGAGGCCCUGUUUGCCAAGACCCGCUACCCGGACAUCUUCAUGCGUGAAGAGGUUGCCCUGAAGAUCAACCUGCCCGAGUCCAGAGUCCAGGUCUGGUUCAAGAACCGCCGGGCCAAAUGUCGCCAGCAGCAACAGCAGAGCAGCGGACAGGCCAAAGCCCGGCCAGCCAAGAAAAAAAGCUCUCCAGCCCCUGAGACCAGUUCCGAAACCAGCGCCAACGGGCAGUACAGCCCUCUGCCCACCGGCACCUCGGUGGCCCCCAGCUCCAGCGCCAACGCCACCGUCUCUAUCUGGAGCCCGGCCUCCAUCUCUCCGCUGCCAGACCCCCUGGCCUCCUCCACCACCCCCUGCAUGCAGCGGUCGGCCGCCUUCCCCAUGACCUACACCCAGGCACCGGGUUACACCCAGACCUACGCCGGCUCGACUUCCUACUUCAGUAGCCUUGACUGCAGCUCCUACCUGUCCCCCAUGCACCCUCAGCUCUCCGCACCUGGUGCCGCGCUGAGCCCCCUGGCCACCCCAACCAUGGGCGGCCACCUGAGCCAGUCCCCAGCUACCCUCUCCAGCCAGGGCUACAGCGGGGCAGGCAUGAGCUUCAGCUCGGUGGAUUGCCUGGACUACAAAGACCCCACGGCCUCCUGGAAGCUCAACUUCAAUGCUGCCGAUUGCUUGGAUUACAAAGAUCAAAGCUCUUGGAAGUUCCAGGUCUUGUGAAUGGCGGGGCUGGGCACCCACCAGGCAGGAAACCCUUGGCGUUGUCUCGGGGAGGGGCAGGGAAGGGCAACCCCUCUCCCAUCCAUUUUAUUCUGCCUCUUUGCUUGAUCUUCUCGUCCUUCCCUUUCCCUUCGGUCCUGCCUAUCUAAACAUCUGCCACCGCUUGCUUUUGCGACCUUGCUUGGGGAAGCCAACAGCUCAAGAGGUUGAACUGGAGAAGUUAAGAGCCUAGACUGGGACACGAAACUGCUUUCAAUCGGGACUUGGGGCUCUGAACCCUUCAGCACCCCAGCUCAGCUGAACUGGCGCUUUAGAUUUCUGGAAAAGAUGAAGCCCAACGUGGGGAGAGGGACCUUUUUCUCCCAGCACGACUGGAUUCCACUCGGGUCAACAGCCGCUGUGAAGAUCAGCCAGGACCUUCCAGGAAUUUAGCACUACUAGGGUGAGCAACCCAGGUGACAAGUAUCCGACGGACUCAUCAAGGAAGCCAGCACUGAGCAGGAAGAAACCAAUUUUGCAGGCGUUGACAUCUCGCCAGGGUGGGUCAAACCAUCUCUUCGUCCUCACUUGAGUUUCUGCAAGAGCAGCUUCUGAGAGAACUUCAGGGGGACUUUUGAGUUGACCAGGCUCCUGUUGGCCUUUGGCAUUUUUUUUGGAGGGGGUAGGAUUUUUCCAUGUUUAUUAGCUCAACGUAGAGUUUUACACAAGAGCCAGUUGUUGAGUUCCUACUUAAGCACUCUUUCAGAGAACCUGAUCCAAGUGUCUCCUUGACCCACGAGCUCGUUCGAACAGGAGGAGAAAGCCCACCCUUGAAAGCAAGAGUCCCAAGCUAUGGAGAUGUCUCUGAGGGUCUGCCACAGAUCUCAGCGACCCCCCCAGGAACAGAGUCUGGUCCAAAAGUCUCUGCUACUUUCAGCGUAGUCAACAGCAUCCAUCUUAGUCUCCUCCUGGAAGUCUAUCUGAUAGUGCUUUUUCUCCAUUAUGAAGUCUUUGUAACCUUCAUCCUUUAUUAGCUGGUUUCUUCCUUGUGCAAGCAACUACACUGAAAAGCUAAGACGCUUGUCUUGAUCAAGGAAUUAAAAUGAUCUUUUGUUUAAUCGACCAUCUCAAUCUGCAAAGGAAUGACACCCCAGGAUCAAUCCAUCAGAUUCAUUCUCGGACACCUGUAAGAAAGUUCCAGCGAUGCCUCUGUGGCUUUCCUGUCUUCCCAACGUCUUCCCCCCCCC